CGUCUCACGUAGCGACGUCACAACCCGGAAGUAAACCCACUGCAGUGUUGUUGUCGCAGCAGCAGAGCAGCUGAUUUUUGUGAGAAAAUCCUCACCCGACUGUCACAGACUCCACAGCUGCUUCCGCCACUGCUGUUGUCGGUCGUCGUCGUCGUCGUUGUUGCUGUUGUUGUUGUUUACUCUGCAUCGAAAUCAUGAACGUGACGCUCGCGGUGAAGCAGUACGUUUCCAAGAUGAUCGAGAACAGCGGGCCCGGAAUGAAGGUGCUGCUGAUGGACAAAGAGACGACCAGCAUUGUGAGUGUGGUCUACACUCAGUCAGAGAUCCUCCAGAAGGAAGUUUACCUCUUUGAACGCAUCGACUCUCAGAGCAGAGACAACAUGAAGCACCUGAAGGCCAUCUGCUUCCUGAGGCCCACCAAGGAAAAUGUGGAACAUCUGAUCCAGGAGCUUCGGAGACCAAAGUACAGCGUCUACUUCAUCUACUUCAGUAACGUGAUCAGUAAGAGUGAGAUCAAGGCUCUGGCUGAGGCUGAUGAGCAGGAAGUGGUGGCUGAAGUCCAGGAGUUCUAUGGAGACUUCAUUGCUGUCAAUCCUCACCUAUUCUCCCUCAACCUGCAGGGAGUCGCCAGGGGGCGGAGCUGGGAGCCCUCCAUGUUGGCGCGCUGCACUCAGGGACUGACGUCCGUCCUGCUCGCUCUGAAGAAAUGUCCAAUGAUCCGCUACCAGCUGUCCUCAGACAUGUCCAAGCGGCUCGCUGAGAGCGUCAAGCAAAUUAUAACGAAGGAAUACGAGCUGUUUGACUUCAGGAAGACGGAAGUUCCUCCUCUGCUUCUGAUCCUGGACCGAAGUGAUGACGCCAUCACACCACUGCUCAACCAGUGGACCUACCAGGCGAUGGUCCACGAGCUGCUGGGUCUCAACAACAACAGGAUCGACCUCUCCAGGGUUCCGGGGGUCAGCAAAGACCUGAAGGAGGUGGUUCUGUCUGCAGAGAACGACGAGUUCUACGCCAACAACCUGUACCUGAACUUUGGGGAAAUCGGGACCAACAUUAAAAACCUGAUGGAAGAUUUCCAGAAGAAGAAACCCAAAGAGCAACAGAAGCUCGAGUCCAUCACUGACAUGAAGGCCUUUGUAGAUAACUACCCUCAGUUCAAGAAGAUGUCGGGCACCGUGUCCAAGCAUGUGACGGUGGUGGGGGAAUUGUCCCGGCUGGUGUCGGAGCGACAGCUGAUGGAGGUCUCCGAGGUGGAGCAGGAGCUGUCCUGUCAGAACGACCACUCCAACGCCCAGCAGAGCCUCCGCCGCCUGCUGCAGAGCCCCCGCCUCUCUGAGCUGGACGCGGUGCGCCUGGUGAUGCUCUACGCGCUGCGCUACGAGCGCCACAGCAGCAGCGUCCUGCCCGGCCUGAUGGAGGAGCUGAGCCGGAGGGGCGUGUCAGAGCGCCACCGCCGGAUGGUGAAGUCCAUGGUGGAGUACGGUGGGAAGAGAGUCAGAGGAAGUGACCUCAUCGCCCCGACAGACGCCGUCGCCAAAACCAAGCAGUUCUUCAAAGGCCUCAAGGGCGUAGAGAACGUCUACACUCAGCAUCAGCCUCUGAUUCACGACACGCUGGAUCAGCUGAUCAAAGGUCGACUGAAGGACGGUCAGUUCCCGUACCUGGGGGCCAGUAGCCUGAGAGACAGGCCUCAGGACAUCGUGGUGUUCCUGAUCGGUGGAGCCACAUAUGAAGAAGCGCUGACUGUUUACAACCUGAACCGCAGCACACCUGGAGUCCGCAUCGUCCUGGGAGGGAGCAGCAUCCACAACACCAGGAGCUUCCUGGAGGAAGUGAUGACCACGACGGGUCACAGCAGUGACAGAACGCAAGGAAGCGGUCGCCACAGCAACCGGCGCUGAGCUGAGAGCCCUGUUGAGAUGACAUCGCUCCCUCUUGUGUGUUUGGGUUUCAGAUCUUCAAUGUGAAUAUUUUAUGUUAAAAUAAAAGACGGCGUGUUUGUGCUUA